AUGCGCUUCCGUCAACUUAUUGGUCUGGGAAAAUACAUAUUCCAUCCACGCAACCCAAUCUGUGAGUGGGUGUUCAUUGGUGUCACUCUUGCGAAUCGGUACCCGGCGAGCACUUGCCUAAAGAUCGGUUUCUCGUCGAAGCAGAGGUCUGCUGGCUUUGAGCAAUAUGCUUACAUUUCCGUGGCAAUCAGUGGUUUCAGGAUGUGGUGUGCCAGACCCCGGGUAUCAGCUGAGAAGAAAGAUAAUAUAAAUGAUACACUAGAAGACGCUGGAGUCGUAGUCCCGGAAGGGGUUUUAUCCUCUAUAAAGGAUUUUACCGACGAUCAAAAAUUGCAACGUGAACAUAACGAAGCCCUUCGCAUCAAAAUUGAACGAUGGGAUGCCGCCCCCAAAGCUCUGGUGGACGCUCCCUCCGAUGCUCCAAAUAUCUAG